AUGGAAGGCAACGCGGUGGUGUUGAAGAGACCCAGGGCUACAGUCGAUAACUCCCACCAGUCUACAUGUAGCGAAUACGCAAUUUAUCUUGGUACCGAAGAUGUUCCGAAUCGUCAAGGCAAUGAGCUCUGUUAUUACGCCUACCUUCUAAUCACCAAACUCAACGAAGCCGGGAAUCGCAAGGUCGUGACUGUUAAAGUGUGUGCUGAUCAUGAUGGAAUCACUGCUAGGGAUAAAAACCACAACGUCAAAAUCAGUUCUUCACUAGACGACCUGACGUAUGUUUGGGUGCAUCCGCAGGAGCCUCGAAUCCUUGGCAUAAUCACCACCUGCAAGGACCAGGAGUCCAGCAAACCUGCGUCUAAAUUUACAGCCUUUAGAAUGUCGUCGAAGGCAAAAAAAUUCGCCCAUCGCCUUCAACGCGUGUACUGUGAAUACAUGGAUGGUCUACAAGCCAAACUGUCGUCUGUCUCUAUGCCUCCAAAUCUAUGGCCUGUUGCAUCAAGCGGAGAUCUCCAGCACCUGGAGCGUCAACCAGGCAUCGUUGGCUGUCGGUCGUUGAAUACAGACAACUCGAAUUCCCCAAAGUCUGUGACAUUUACGUGGAAUUCGGACUUGCUACUUGCAGACAAGGUCAUGGACGACGUGCCAGUACCGGAAUUUGUUGAGCGUUUCCGCCUGAAGGCACACUUUCCACGCGGGGAAUUCUUCAAUUCACCUCAGUCAUCGCCCUAUGGGAGCUCGUAG